AUGAACCCCGUAUCCUCCGUCGCGGCGCCAGUCAACAUCACCAAUCUUACUGCUCCAACGAGCUGUCUCGCUGAUUUCUCACUGGUUCCGAUCGGAGACGGAUCGACAUCCUUCUCACAACAAAUCGCCGCCAUCCAGCGCCUGUGUCGGCAGUCUGGGCUGAAGUACGUCAUGCAUGCAACUGGGACUACCAUCGAAGGACCGUGGGAUCAAGUCCAUCAGGUCAUUGGCUGGGCCCAUUCACUUCUUCAUCAACAGGGAACUGCUCGAAUUCAAACCGACGUCAGGGUCUCAACGAGAACAGACAAAGUGCAGCUAAUGGAGGCGGAAAUUACAACUGUGGAGAGAAUCCUGGCAGCAUGA